AUGACAACCCUCGAGGAGCAUGUCGUCAAGGCGUCGGAGCGGUAUUCCAGCACCUACAAGUCUGCCGGCUUCCGCUCUCCUCCGACCAAGCACUUCACGUUCGUGACUUGCAUGGACGCCCGGAUCGAUACCCAUGCCGCCUUUGGUCUCGAUAUUGGUGAUGCACAUGUCAUUCGCAAUGCCGGCGGCUCCGCUCGAGAUGCUCUCCGAAGUAUUGUCAUCUCACAACAAAUGAUGGGUACCAAAGAGGUUGCCAUCAUCAAGCAUACCCAUUGCGGAAUGGACGGCCUCCCCAACGAGAAGGUCCAUGCCACGGUUCUCAAGAACCUUGGAAUCGAGGCCAUUGGAGAGCUCAAGUCGAGGAACCUGAUCGAUUUCCUUCCCGAAUCCGACGGCAUCAUCCAGGGCAUCAAGGACGACGUUCAACUCCUAAAGUCGUCCAGCCUUAUCGCCGACGACAUUGAGGUUACGGGAUGGCUCUACGACCUCGAUAGUGGAACCACUACGAGGGUCAUCUAA